AUGGCAGCGUUACGCACGUUCAUAAAACGUACAUAUCAAUCAUCGAAACGUGGUCACGACACCGACUCUUCAUCAUCAACAUCAGCCUCGUCGACUGGCGUUCACUUGAUUCAAGACAACAAUAACAACGGUGCUGCAACAAAUGAUGGUUACAACUCGAGUUCAAGCCUUGGCUUGAGCGGGUACGAUGAUCUGAAUCGACCACUAUUGCAAUCACGUUCACAUAAACAUCAUCGUACAUCAUCGGCACCUAUUGAACGAAAUCGUCAAAAUUCUGGUAGACGAACACAACAAAUGAAUCAAAGUACGGCUGAUUCAGACAAUGUAAAUAGUUGUCUUCUUGAUAGAAAACUACCAAAAGAAUUAUUACUUAGAAUAUUUUCUCAUCUCGAUUAUAAAGCAUUAUGUCGAUGUGCCCAAGUAUCAAAGUAUUGGAAUUCACUUGCACUUGAUGGUAGUAAUUGGCAAAGUAUUAAUCUGAAAGGUUUUCAACGCGAUGUUGAAGGCUCGGUGUUGGAAAAUUUGAGUAAACGUUGUGGAACAUUUUUGAAACGUCUGAAUAUUGAAAACUGUAGAAUUAUAACUGAUAUGAAUAUGCGGGUAUUAGCAAAUCAUUGUCCGAAUUUGGAUCGUUUAAUCAUGAAAAAUUGCACAAAACUAUCAAAUGCGUAA